GGAGGUUUGAAAUCCGCCGGGCGGUUGGGGGCCGCCAUCGCCGCCGCUCAGCAGCGCCCGCCGCCGCCAUGGAGCUCCAGGAGUCCCCGUCGCCCCUCCGGCCCGCGAACGAGAACCGCCGGGUGGCCAAGGGCGAUGGCGCCAAGAAGCAGCUCUCGGUGGAGCACAUCUACCAGAAGAAGACGCAGCUGGAGCACAUCCUGCUCCGGCCCGACACCUACAUCGGCUCCGUGGAGCUGGUCACCCAGCAAAUGUGGGUUUUUGAUGAGGACGUGGGCCUUAACUGCCGAGAUGUGACCUUUGUGCCCGGCUUAUACAAAAUCUUUGAUGAGAUUCUGGUCAAUGCUGCAGACAACAAGCAGAGAGAUAAAAGCAUGUCAUGCAUUAAAGUUACGAUUGACGUAGAGAAUAACACAAUCAGUGUAUGGAACAACGGGAAAGGUAUUCCAGUUGUUGAACACAAAGUGGAGAAGGUCUACGUGCCUGCUCUUAUCUUUGGACAGCUGCUAACAUCCAGCAACUACGAUGACAAUGAAAAGAAAGUCACAGGUGGGCGAAAUGGUUAUGGAGCCAAACUGUGCAACAUAUUUAGCAAAAAAUUUACUGUUGAAACUGCAUGUCGUGAAUACAAAAAGUUAUUCAAGCAGACCUGGACAGACAACAUGGGAAAUGCUGGUGAAAUGCAACUGAAAUAUUUUGAUGGAGAAGAUUACACGUGUGUCACUUUCCAACCUGAUCUGUCAAAAUUCAAAAUGACGAUUCUUGAUAAAGACAUUGUAGCACUAAUGUCUCGAAGAGCAUAUGAUAUUGCUGGAUCCACAAAGGAUGUCAAAGUUUUCCUAAAUGGACAGAGGCUGCCUGUGAAAGGAUUCCGCAGUUAUGUGGACCUCUAUCUGAAGGACAAAGUAGAUGAAACUGGUAAUGCACUUAAGGUUAUCCAUGAGGAAGUAAAUUCUCGGUGGGAAGUGUGUUUGACUUUAAGCGAAAAAGGCUUCCAGCAAGUUAGCUUUGUCAACAGCAUUGCCACUACAAAGGGUGGCAGACACGUUGAUUAUGUAGCUGACCAGAUUGUGACUAAACUCAUUGAUGUUGUGAAAAAGAAGAACAAAAACGGAGUGGGGGUGAAGCCUUUUCAGGUGAAGAACCACAUGUGGAUUUUUGUGAAUGCCUUAAUUGAAAACCCAACCUUUGACUCUCAGACUAAGGAGAACAUGACCCUGCAGGCAAAGAACUUUGGCUCAACCUGUAAACUGAAUGAAAAAUUUAUUAAGGGUGCAGUUGGCUGUGGCAUUGUUGAAAGUAUCCUAAACUGGGUAAAAUUUAAAGCUCAGAGCCAGCUGAAUAAGAAAUGUUCGGCUGUGAAACACAGUAAGAUUAAGGGUGUUCCUAAGCUGGAUGAUGCCAAUGAUGCUGGCAGCAAGAAUUCUUUAGAUUGUACACUUAUCCUGACUGAGGGAGACUCAGCCAAAACAUUGGCUGUCUCUGGUCUAGGAGUGGUUGGUAGAGACAAAUAUGGAGUAUUUCCUCUUCGUGGGAAAAUGCUCAACGUCAGAGAAGCUUCUCAUAAGCAGAUUAUGGAAAAUGCUGAAAUCAACAACAUCAUCAAGAUUGUGGGUUUGCAAUAUAAAAAGAACUAUGAAGAUCAAGAAUCUUUAAAGAGUCUUCGCUAUGGAAAGAUUAUGAUUAUGACAGAUCAGGAUCAAGAUGGAUCGCAUAUCAAAGGUUUGCUGAUUAACUUCAUCCAUCACAACUGGCCAUCUCUUCUAAAACACAACUUUUUGGAGGAAUUUAUUACUCCCAUCAUAAAGGCCUUCAAAAACAAAGAAGAAAUUGCGUUCUACAGCAUUCCCGAAUUUGAAGAAUGGAAAAACAGUACACAGAACUACAAUUCAUGGAAAAUCAAGUACUACAAAGGUUUGGGUACCAGCACGUCGAAGGAGGCUAAAGAAUACUUUGCAGACAUGGCUAAACAUCGAAUUGGCUUCAAAUAUUCUGGUCCUGAAGAUGAUGCUGCGAUCACCCUGGCCUUUAGCAAGAAGAAGGUAGAAGAGCGAAAGGAGUGGCUGACUAAUUUCAUGGAGGAUAGAAGACAACGGAAGCUGCACGGUCUGCCAGAGGAAUACCUAUAUGGGAAAAAUACGACUUACCUGACAUACAACGACUUCAUCAACAAGGAGUUAGUCCUGUUCUCAAACUCAGAUAAUGAAAGAUCAAUCCCAUCACUGGUUGAUGGUUUGAAGCCAGGUCAAAGAAAAGUUCUUUUCACGUGUUUCAAACGAAAUGAUAAGCGGGAGGUGAAGGUUGCUCAGCUGGCUGGUUCUGUAGCUGAGAUGUCCUCAUAUCAUCAUGGUGAAGCAUCGCUGAUGAUGACUAUUAUUAACUUAGCUCAGAACUUUGUGGGCAGUAACAACCUCAACUUGCUACAGCCUAUUGGUCAGUUUGGCACAAGGCUGCAUGGUGGGAAAGACUCUGCCAGCCCUCGAUACAUCUUUACAAUGCUCAGCCCACUAGCACGGUUGCUGUUCCCACCAAUGGAUGACAAUAUCCUGAGGUUCCUAUAUGAUGACAAUCAACGUGUGGAGCCAGAGUGGUAUAUGCCUAUCAUUCCAAUGGUGCUGAUAAAUGGAGCAGAAGGGAUUGGUACUGGCUGGUCCUGUAAGAUUCCCAACUUCGAUAUCAGGGAAGUUGUGAAUAAUAUCCGUCGUCUGAUGGAUGGAGAAGAGCCGUUGCCAAUGCUUCCCAGUUACAAGAAUUUCAAAGGCACAAUAGAUGAGCUGGGACCUAAUCAGUACGUGAUAAGUGGUGAAGUGUCUAUCCUUGAUUCUACAACCAUUGAGAUUACUGAGCUGCCUGUCAGAACGUGGACACAGACUUACAAAGAGCAGGUUCUGGAACCAAUGUUAAAUGGGACAGAGAAGACACCCCCGCUAAUCACGGACUACAAAGAAUAUCACACAGACACAACAGUGAAGUUUAUAGUGAAGAUGAGUGAAGAAAAACUAGCGGAAGCUGAAGCAGUGGGGCUGCAUAAGGUCUUCAAACUCCAAACAAAUUUAACAUGCAACUCCAUGGUUCUUUUUGACCAUGUCGGCUUUCUGAAGAAGUAUGACACACCCCAGGAUAUUCUUAAAGAGUUCUUUGAACUCAGGCUCCGAUACUACAAUUUGAGAAAAGAAUGGCUUAUUGGAAUGCUAGGUGCUGAGUCUGCAAAACUGAGCAACCAGGCUCGUUUCAUCCUGGAGAAAAUAGAUGGCAAAAUUGUGAUCGAAAACAAACCCAAGAAAGAGUUGAUUCAAGUUCUUAUCCAGAGAGGAUAUGAAUCUGAUCCAGUGAAGGCUUGGAAGGAAUCACAAAACAAGGAAGAAGAGGAGGAGGAGGAGGAGGAGAAUGACAGAGAAUCAGCUGCAGCUACCGGACCAGACUUCAACUAUCUGCUGAACAUGCCCCUUUGGUAUCUGACUAAAGAGAAGAAAGAUGAGCUCUGUAAGCAGAGAGAUAACAAAGAAAAGGAGCUGGAAAACCUUAAGCGCAAGAAACCCUCUGAUCUGUGGAAGGAAGACCUUGCUGUCUUUGUUGAAGAACUUGAUGCAGUGGAAGCCAAGCAAAUGCAGGACGAGAUGGCAGGCUUGAGUGGUAAACCUUUAAAGGUGAAAGGAGGGAAAGCGAAGGUGAAGAAGGCGCAACUGUCAGAAAUAAUGCCGUCACCUCACGGCGUGAGGGUUGUUCCUCGGAUAACUGCAGAGAUGAAGGCAGAAGCAGAGAAGAGAACUAAAAAGAAAAUAAAGAGUGAAAAAAAUGAAUUUGAUGAGAAUCAAGAAGAAAACGUGUCAGGAGACAAAGAGUCUUCAGGCCUUAAGCAGAGAUUAGUGCAGAAGCUUAAUACUGAGCAAGGUGGUAAGAGACAGGCCAUUCUGCCAUUUAAGCCAUUAAAGAAAAUGAAGAAACGAAACCCUUGGUCUGACUCGGGAUCUGAUUCAGAGUCUGAUUUUGAAGCGCCUCCUCAAAGAGAGAGAGUGGUUCGCAAAGCAGCAGCCAAAGUCAAGACCAUAAUCAGUUCGGACUCGGAUGCAAAUCUCUCCAGCUCAGAUGAGGAGUUUGAAUUUCAGGGUAACAGUGAAGGCAACACUGAAUCAGAUACAAACUCAAAAGAAAAAUCUGCUCCCAAGCCCAGCGCUGCUCCAAAGGAAACAGCUGAAAAAGAAGCAGCUAAAGCUCCCAAGGAAAAGCCAGUGCAAAGCACUAUCCCUGUUCAAGUCCAAGACAUUGCUACCGAAAAUGUGAGUCAAGCUCCGGCAGCCCCUGCUGUCUCUGUGCCUCGCAGUAAGGCCGCAUCUAAAAAACCUCCUGCAGCUAAGAAGGCCAGUGCCACUAAGGAUAACCAGCCGUCCAUCAUGGAUAUUCUUGCCAAGACAAAGGCUGCGCCCAAAUCCAGCAAGAUAGCGCUGAAGGAGGGAUCCCAGGAUUCUGAGCCUGGAGCAGCGGGUGACAAGAAGUCUGGCCAGACCAAGGGGCGGAAAGUGAUCAAAAGGCAGACAAGCCCUUUGGAUUCGGAUUCAGAUUUUGGCUUGAAACCUUCCAAAUCAGUUGCAGCAAAGAAAUCCAAGCUGGAAGACGACGAUAGCUUUACCAUUGAUUCAACUGGUCGUGCGGACAGCCCCAUAGCAGCCAUGCCCCGUACCAGGCCUGGACGCUUCAAAAAGCCUGUCCGAUAUGUGGAGGAGUCCGAUGAGGAUGAAUUUUUAUGAAGAUUUUUAACUGCUCAUCCAAACCAAGCUACAAACUAGGCUUCAACAGAGCUCUUGACAAGCUGUCACCGAAGAAUAUCAUCUCAGGCUAGGACAUCUUUUCACUGAAUUUAAGCUAGUCCAAAAAUGUUUGUUACCAGUGAAUACAGCUCUAUUUUUCUUGGUUUUAACUAACUUAGAUUUGUUUAAACAGGACCCCCCUACACCUUUCUUGUGAGCACUGGAGCCUUGUGCCCAGCUAGUGCUGAUGCACUUCCCUCUUACCCAUUAGCUAGUUGGAAUCUUUUGACACUUUGUGGUCAUUUUAAUAUUAAAGUAGACUUUAAAACAUAUCAAAUCCUUUAAAAUACCCUCUCACAUAGAUACCUUCCUCUUCAGAUAUCUUAAAAAAUAAUAAAA